UGAUUUUGUUUGAUGUUCUGCAAUUUUUUGUUGUAGGUUGGAAAACAGCUUACACGGCUGCAAUUUCACAGGCUUUCGUUAAUUAUUAUUAGAUUUUACUUUUACCGUUAAUUUACUAAUUACAACCCUUUAACAAGAGAUUUUUAGAUUUGGCAAUUCACCAAAUAAAUUAAAAAUCCCAAAAUGAGCCGAAGAAGGCCCCAUGAAGAGGAAGAUGGAUAUGAUCGUACCUAUAGAAAACGUCGUAGGGUAUCCGAAAAUCAAGAAAUUGAGGACCGACUGGAGUCUUUAAUUUUGAGGGUUGGGGAAAAGAGUACUUCAUCAUUGGAGUCAAAUCUUGAAGGGCUUGCCAGUGUAUUAGAAGCAGAUUUGAGUACAUUUAGAGCCAAGAUAUUAAGAAUUCUGACCGACUGUGCUAUACGUAUGCCAGAAAAAUGCACCAUUUAUACAACUUUGGUGGGGCUGUUGAAUGCCAAAAACUUCAAUUUUGGUGGUGAAUUUGUUGAGUUCAUGGUGAAAACUUUUAAAGAAUCUCUAAAAGCUUGCAAAUGGGAUGCAGCCAGAUAUUCCCUGAGAUUCUUGGCAGAUCUCGUAAAUUGUCAUGUGAUCAGUGCAACAUCCCUUCUACAACUUUUGGACAAUAUGAUUGAUGCAGCCAAUGAAGAUAAUGUUCCACAGGUUAGAAGAGAUUGGUAUGUUUUUGCCAUUCUCUCAACCCUUCCUUGGGUAGGUAGAGAACUGUAUGAAAAGAAAGAGCAAGCAUUAGAGCACUUGCUUGUACAGAUCGAAGUUUUUCUUAACAAACGACCUAAGAAACAUCAUAACGCGUUAAAAGUAUGGGCAAGUGACAGCCCUCAUCCCCAAGAGGAAUAUUUGGAUUGUUUGUGGGCACAAAUUAGAAAAUUGCGACAAGAUAACUGGGCCGAAAAACAUAUUCCUAGACCUUACUUGGCUUUCGAUUCAAUUUUGUGUGAGGCUCUUCAACAUAAUUUACCAAGUAUUUUGCCACCUCCUCAUCAUGAUUCAUAUAAGUAUCCAAUGCCUUGGGUGGUAUUUAGGCUAUUUGAUUAUACAGACUGCCCUGAGGGUCCUAUAUUGCCUGGUGCCCACUCCAUUGAAAGGUUUUUAAUUGAAGAACAUCUGCAUUCGAUUAUCGAAAUGUACCAUCUUGAACGAAAGGAUUGUGCUGGACAUCUCUUGAAUUUUCCAUAUAAAUUAAAAAUUCCACUAGAAUAUUGUAUAGUUGAGGUGAUAUUCGCGGAACUCUUUCAUAUGCCUUCACCACGUUAUUUGGAAAUAUGUUAUGGAUCGAUUUUGAUAGAACUGUGCAAACUACAGCCAAGCACAAUGCCCCAAGUGCUCGCUUUGGCCACUGAGAUGCUGUUCCAUAGAAUUGACACUAUGAAUGUAUCCUGUUUUGACAGGUUUGUUUGUUGGUUUUCAUACCACUUGAGCAAUUUCCAGUUUAGAUGGAGGUGGGAAGACUGGGAUGUGUGCCUUUCUUUAGAUUCUGAACAUCCCAAACCUAAAUUUAUUAGAGAAGUGAUGCUGAAAUGUAUGAGAUUAUCAUAUCAUCAGAGAAUAAGGGAAAUUUUGCCAGAAUCCUUUACUGGAUUUAUCCCAGAAAGGCCAGAGCCAGAGUAUAAGUACGCAAAAGAAGCAGAAGCUGUGGUAUUACCUGGUACUUCGGCUGCUCAUCAAUUGGUGGUUACCAUCAGACAGAAGUGUUCACCCGAAGAAGUUUUGGCUGUUCUUAAAGAUUUGCCCAAUCCACGAUCCGACGAAGAGGGAGACGGGCGAUUUAAUCCAUUAAAAAUUGACGUGUUUGUGCAAACACUACUUAAUCUAGGGUCUAAGAGUUUUUCGCAUAGCUUUGCUGCAAUUUCGAAGUUCCAUUACGUGUUUAAGAUUCUGGCCGACUCCGAAGAAGCCCAAAUAUGUAUAUUACGAAAUAUGUUUGAGCUCUGGCAUAACCAUCAACAAAUGAUGGUAGUUCUUGUAGACAAGAUGUUAAAGACACAAAUAGUCGAAUGUUCAGCUGUAGCAAAUUGGAUAUUUUCCAAGGAGAUGACUUCCGAAUUUACCAAAAAUUAUUUGUGGGAAAUUUUACAUUUAACUAUUAAAAAGAUGAACAGGCAUGUGACUAAACUCAGUGGAGAGCUGGUGGACGCAAGAGAAAAACUAGCUAGAGCUGAAGAUUCUAGCGAUAGCGAAAGUGACGAAGAGAAGAAGAAACAAGACGACGCGGAGAAACCCUCGGAAGAAAUGGUCGAAAAAAUGGAAGAAAAAUUAGAAGCUGCCCAAGCUGAUCAGAAGAAUUUGUUUUUGAUUAUUUUCCAAAGAUUCAUAAUGAUACUCUCAGAGCAUUUGGUGCGUUGCGAUACUGAUGGAAGGGACUAUAAUACCCACUGGUAUAAAUGGACCAUUGGAAGAUUGCAGCAAGUAUUUUUAGCACACCAUGAGCAAGUUCAAAAGUACAGUUCCACUCUAGAAACGCUGCUGUUCACACAGGACUUGGAUACACACAUUUUGGAAAUAUUCCAGCAGUUCGUUUCGCUCCAAGGUUAAAUUUUCCAUUUUUUCCACGGUUCUGUCAUGUCUUUAUAUUUUAACAAAUAUAAGGUUUUAUACGUGGUUACAGAUCAAACCGAGAAUUUUACGUUUUAUAAUUUUACGUCGAAUUUGUCUAUUUUGUUUUAGAGCCUUUUAACAGUGUUUGUAAAAGUUGGGUUGAAUAAUUCCAUUCAUUUUUUUUUUGUACUCAUAAGUAGCACGUCAUAUUAUUUUACGUAAUAUGUCUAUAUAUACAAAUACAAGCCUAAGUUAUAGCAAAAUAUAUAGGGCUUCAGUUUUAUUAGAAAUUUAUUUUCGUAUUGAAAUUAUACGUAUGUUCUAUUUAAAACGAGUCACAAUUGUGUAAUUGCUAGUAUUAAAAAUAAAUAUUUGAAUGAACA